AUGGAAAAGAUGCAGUUUCUCUGUGGGGUGGUGGAAGGUUUUUAUGGAAGACCUUGGUCUAUGGAUCAGAGGAAGGUUCUCUUUCGGUGGAUGCAGUGUUGGGGUUUAAACACCUACCUGUAUGGACCAAAAGAUGACCUCAAACACAGACUGUUAUGGAGAGAAGUCUAUUCUCCUGAGGAAGAAGGUCAGUUGCGAACUCUUAUAUUGGAAGCCAAAAGCAGAGGCCUGCGAUUCAUUUAUGCCCUCUCACCUGGUCAGGAUAUUGUCUUCUCUUCUUCUUGCGACCUGACUCUACUCAAACGCAAGCUGAGACAAGUAUCCAACCUGGGUUGCCAGGCAUUCGCCAUUCUCUUUGAUGAUAUUGAUCACUCCUUGUGCCAGGCUGACAGUGAGGCCUUUUCUUCAUUUGCACAUGCUCAGGUCACUGUAACCAAUGAGAUCUAUCGGUUCUUGGGAGAACCACCCAUCUUCCUAUUUUGUCCCACAGAGUACUGUAGUUCACUGUGUUCUCCCAGUGUAUUAAAGUCUCCAUACCUGCAGACUAUUGGAGAGGACCUGUUGCCCAACAUUACCGUGGUAUGGACAGGCAGUAAAGUCAUCUCCAGAAAGCUGACUGUAGAUUGCCUGGCUGAGGUCGAGUGUGUCCUUCAGCGUCCCCCUCUCAUCUGGGACAACCUGCAUGCUAACGACUAUGACUCAAGGCGUCUCUUCCUGGGACCAUUUAAGGGCCGAGAGCCUCAACUAAGGAGCCAUCUGAGAGGCCUUUUACUCAACCCCAAUUGCGAGUUUGAAGCUAAUUAUAUCCCGCUCCACACAUUGGGAAGCUGGCACAGAGGUGGAAAACAGGAGAAAGAAGAUGAAGAGUGUGAAUAUUGCCCUGAUAAAGCUCUCUCUGCUGCAAUAUGUGAUUGGAUGGAGGAACUCAAUCAACCAUUUCAAGCAGGUCGGCAGAGCACACGAACAGACCAACAUUCCUCUGCCCCAGACUCUCACUCCAAAGCUCCUGACAGAGUUAACUGCACUUCCACCUCAAAAGGACUCUCUGCUGUUGCCAAACUUCCUGUUUUCCCCCUGAGCUUCAGUUUAUCCUCAUCUUCUCAAAGUAAAGUCAAGGGGCAGAAGGAGGGACGAGAUGGUGAGAGGAAAAGGCAGAGUCAGCCCUGUCAGCUAAAUCAACAGCUUUCAGGUCACAGACCUGGAGGACCAUCUACUGGAGGCAGGGGACAGAAGGCCCAGGGUAGAAAUGGCGUACUGAGUGAGUCUCAGGUGCGACUGCUGGUUGGUCUUCAUUAUCUGCCCCAUGAGCAUGGUCUCUCUGCCCAGAAAUUGUUGCAGGAUCUGGCCUGGCUAAAAACAAACUGCCAGAUUGUCAGCGCAAAUGGCAGUAAGGCGCCUUCUCAGAAGAUUGAUGAGUGGCGUGGACGGGCUUCCAGGUUCCUCUCACUGUGUGAAGACAUAGCCCAACUGCACUGCUGCGUGGUGGGUGGGGCGAACAGGGCUGUGCUGUAUGACCUUUAUCCAUACGUGUGGGACCUCAGAAACACAGCUCUGGUGGCAAAAGCAUUCAUAUCCUGGCUGGAUGGACGAGUAUUGUUGAGUGAUGGCUCCUCCCUUGGCACAUGGAAGAACUGUUUGCAUUGGUGUGGAAAGGCUACAGGGGCAGACUUACUGGGAAUGGAGUCAGAACCAUGGGUGUUCAAAGGGGGUGUGUCUGGGGAGGUACAGAUGCUUCUUCCGAUAGGCAGCAGCUGUGAACUCUUCACUCAUCCUCCUCCUCUCUUCCCAACCUCUCGUCUCUAUAAUAUCAGGCCCUAUCACAGCAAAGACAAGGUGGAGUUGUAUCAGAUGGUGCAACAACUUCACAUCAGGACUCAGGAUGGUCAAGGGUUCAGUCCUGCUCAUCCAGAUGUGAUAGGAGACAGAUUUCUUGGGCCAUACCUGGCAUUAUGCCCAGAGUACAGCUUUAUCCUGGAGGAUGAGCUGGGUGUGUGUGGCUGUGUAAUGGGCGUCUUGGAUGUCCGCUCCUUUGUCAAGCGCUGCCAGGCCAGCUGGCUGCCUGCUAUGAGGGACAAAUACCCACCCAAAGGGGGUAAUGCACACCCUAAUGCGCAGGACUUAAUAAAACUGAUGGAGGAGGACCAGGGAGAUUACCCGGACUCCCUCCUCUAUCACUUUCCUUCUCAGUUGCGCCUGGAUGCCUUGCCUGAGCUGGUAGAUGUCAGCAUCAGCCGAACCCUCCUCAGUGCCCUUCUCACUGCACUAAAGGCAAACGGUUCUCAGGGUGUGUUCUGUGAGGUUCAGCCAACAGACCGUCAAAGGCUGGAAUUCUUGACAAAACUGGGCUUCUUGGAGAUCCUGAGAGGAGAAGCCAGGAGCAGAGAAGGAGUGGUGCUGGGCCGGCUGCUCUAAGAUACAUAUGCAUGCACACACAAGCAAAUAACAUUAAAAAAUAUAUAGAGAACUGCAAAAACAAGGCAGACACAUUCAUACAAGACAUAUGUUUUAGGAACCAUGCUGACUUCUGUUCAACUUAGAGGUGGAUAUGUUUGGACAGAAGUUGGUGUAUUUAGAAUACCUUUUUAAGGACAAUCCUGAAUUCCUUUCCUUGUUUUGGAUGAACCAAUAGAUUUCUGAGGGAUAAGAUAAUCUAGGAGUUUGGAGCUUCAGUGGAUGGGGAUGUUAGGAUUCUAACUCUCAUACUCUUUUGAAAAUCUCAUGGAGAUGUAUGUUUGUUUAAGUUUACAGCAGCUUACUACUAUCAAAAUAGCACUAAAAAGACGGACAUGAUCAGGUGGCAAACUCUCGUGAGUUGUAGGAUUACAUGAAUGUUGCUCGGUACCUGUCAGAUAUAUAGGCAGACCAGUGUUUUUCCUUUAAACUUCCUGUAAGUGGGAUAAUUUCUUGCAGUAAUUCUUUUCCCUAAUGCACUUAUAAUAUCUGAAACAGAAUAGCAUGAGAGUGAGCAUUUUGUUCAGAAGGCAUAUGUUGAUUUUCAGGAUGCUAUUAAAUAUCUCAUAAAAAAUGUAUUAAAUGGUCACAGGAAGGAUAUAGUAUUGAGAUCCACUAGAGCCUGAAACACUGAGUUAAACACUCUUUUAUUUUGAAAGGACUGGGUCUAAAGGAACUGCCCUACUGAAGUGAUAUAAGCUGUAAACCUCAGAGUUUUUAUUCUCAUCUGGCCUGACCUGUAAUCCAGUACAAGAAUAAAAUCUGAAACACUUGAACCAAGGUGUUAAAAUAGCAUUUUCAAACUAAUGUCUUGAAAGCUUCUCAGUCAAACACAGUCUGUUUGUGGAUUAGUUACUGCAUGGUAACCAGGCAUUUGGCUGAGACAUUUCACCGUCUUAUGUCCCUAAUAUUUACAGACUAACUAACAAAGAGGUGCAGGGUGGGUAGGAAUGGAAUAAUUGUAUUUCGUUUUGCUAAACCCUUAAACUGAGAUCAAAUUAUCCCCUCAUUUAUG